GCUCGUGCACAAUGGGGAAAAUCAAUCGAAAAAAUCCGAAUUAUGAAUAGUCUUGCCGCUACUCAUCAGAGACGUUCAAGUAUGGCUCCUCACAUGUGGACAAAGUAUCCUUUAGUACCUUACUAUCCACCUCUAUUUGCAGUUCCUCACAUUUCUUAUUUUUCUCGGGAUGAACAUGGACGACGCCCUCCACCUAUACUUUUUGAUAUAUUACAAGUAGCCAUCACCGAUAGUGAAAUUGAACAAAAUGCAAAACGUUUAUGGACAUUCCGUAUUGAAUUACAUUAUGGUGAAAUCAAAUGGGUCAUCAAGCGAACGAUCAUUGAAUUCUACAACCUUCAUUUAACCUUGAAAUUCAAAGCAGCAGGUAUCGGAAGUCACUUGGAACCACCACCUUCUUUCCCAAGUCAACUGGCUCACUUAUGCAAUGCAGCAUUGACAUCUAUGCGGAUCACACGAACAGGCGGAGAAGAUGAUGAUGAAAUGUGGACAAAUGUUACAAUCAAACGACGUAUAGCUUUGGAAAAUUAUUUGAAGGAAUUGGUGCAUAACUCUCGUUUGGUCGUCAAUUAUGAUCUUUGUGAAUUUUUGGAACUAAGUGCGAUCAGUAUUGUUAAGGAUAUGGGUUGGAAAGGAAAAGAAGGUUAUUUGGAACACAAAAUCAAUCCUACAUCUCUCAAGUUAUCUAAUGCUUUUAGAUGGAUGAAUCAUUGGGGAAAAGAAUGGCUCUUGCUACGUGAUUCAUAUAUUGCUUUUUGUAAAGAUAUUGGUUCAACUACACCUUCAGAAGUCUUAUUAUUCGAUCGUCAUUUGAAAAUCCAUCGUGGUCAUGGUACUUUUGCACCGUAUCAUCAAACACAUAUUACUAUUUCCAACAGUACUAGACGUAUAGAAAUUAAAGGUCCCACCAACAAACAAAUUGAAGAAUGGAUGGAAUGCUUGGAAACAAUACAAAAUCAAAGUCCUUGGGUUAGAAAUCAUCGGUUUGGUUCCUUUGCACCAAUUCGUCAAAACUGCAAAGUGAAAUGGUUUGUCGAUAGUCAUGAAUAUUUUGAAGCUGUAGCUGAAGCUAUCUUAUCAGCAAAAUCAGAAAUAUAUAUUGAAGAUUGGUGGUUGUAUCUACGACGACCUCCCAAAGGUAAUGAAGAAUACCGUUUGGAUCGUUUAUUGAAAAGGAAGGCCAUUGAAGGUGUGAUGAUUUAUAUUGUUAUCUAUAAAAAUAUGUCUGUUGCCCUACCACUGGAUUCUCAGCAUACACGUGAUUGGCUACAAAACAUACACAAGAACAUCAAAGUUGUACGUCAUUCUGAUAUCACUUCUCUUUUUUGGGCUCAUCAUGAAAAAAUCCUUGUUAUUGAUUACCGACUAGCGUUUAUUGGUGGACUGGAUUUAUGCUUUGGACGUUAUGAUACUCAUGCGCAUGAUUUAACGGAUUACUCUUCAGGUGGAGAGUGUUUGGAAAUUUUUCCUGGUCAAGAUUAUUCCAAUCCUAGAAUCAAAGAUUUCAUUAAAGUUAGUCAAUACAACAAGGAGGUGAUUGACAAGCAAACCGCUCCACGGAUGCCCUGGCACGAUAUUCAUACUGCAAUGGUGGGUCCCCCGGCAAGAGAUGUUGCGCGACACUUUAUUCAACGAUGGAAUUAUAUCAAAUCUACUCAUGCUAAGGACAAGGAGGAUAUCCCAUUUUUGUUACCAAAAGGUGAAUAUGUAGCUGCUCGUGAUGAACAAAAAUUUCGUGGAACAAGUCGCUACUCUAUCUACAAUGCAUAUAUGGAAUGUAUUUCAAGAGCCAAGCACUUUAUCUAUAUUGAAAAUCAAUUCUUUAUUACGGCCACUCAUGCAGGUGACAAGUUAAUCAAGAAUAAAAUUGGCGAGGCUCUUGUGGAUAGAAUCAAACGUGCUUAUCACGAACGACGAAAAUUCAAAGUUAUCGUGGUGAUUCCGUGUGCUCCUGGAUUUGAAGGGGAUUUUGCAAGUGCUGAUCGCCGGUCUAUGCCGUUGAGGUCAGUAGCUCAUUAUCAAUUUUUGUCAAUAUCUCGUGGUGGUAGUUCGAUUUUGGAGAAAUUGGAACAAGAAAACAUCCCAGCAGAAGAUUAUAUUCAUUUUUACAGUCUUCGAAAAUGGGGUCGUAUCAAGAAAUCCAAUGCUGCGAAAAUGGUCAGUCCAAUGACAAGUGGUAUUCUUCAAUUCCAUCAACGACAAAGAUCAAGAUCAAAUAGUGAAGAACAUUGGGAUACAAUGAACGAUGGACGCAUGGAAUUUGUGACUGAGCAGAUUUAUAUUCAUUCCAAAUUGAUGAUUAUUGAUGAUAAGACUGUGAUUUGCGGUUCUGAUAUGGUGACUUCAAGAAUGAAUGGACAAGAGUACCAAGCAGCAAGGUUCGCAUUGACCCUGCGUAUACAAUUAUUCAAGGAACACCUUGGUCUACUCCCUGAAACCAAUCAAGACAUCAACAAUCAUGCAGAGCACAGGUAUUCAGCAUUGGAAGCGGAUAAUUUAGUGAUGGAUCCAUUAGAUGAUGGAUUUUUUACUCAUGUUUGGGAUCGAACAGCAAAUAUUAAUACUGGUAUUUAUCGAAAUGUGUUUCAUUGUGUACCAGAUGAUACAGGUAUAAAAAAUAAAAAAAAAAAUAAAAAAAUUGAAUGA